UUUUACAACAUACAUGUUUAAAACUGUUGUUAUUGUUUUUAUGCACUGUAGCCCUGGCAAGUGUGGCCAUUUGUGCUUGGCAUCAAAUGCUUGGGCACACUAGUUUCUGUGGGCAAUAAACAAAAAAUGAACACUUUUGCAGCAAGUUCAACAAUAAAUAUGUAGGAAUAAUAUUUUAGCAGCAAGAAAUUAAAUAGCAGCAACAAUAUGGAGCGCUUCGCUUUUAAGAUUGAUGCGGCUCUCAAGGCAAACUUGUACAAGAUAUGUCGUCUGUGCGGCAUCGAUAAUCCGACCAAAGUGCCAAUACUACCCGUUGAGAGUGAUGUUGUGGACCUGGACGAGCCCAGCCUGAGUCAAAAAGUUUUCGAUUUGGUUGGCUUUAUGGUUACACGCAACGAUAAAAUGCCGCAGACAAUGUGCAGCCUGUGCGUGGAUAAAAUCAAUGAUUUUUAUGAGUUUAGGGAAAUGUGCUACGCAACAAACAAUCAAACACGAAAACUACUGGGCCUUAAAAAUGUGGAUCCCCAAAAGAUUGUUGAUGUGAAGCCGAUAUUUAAAAGUGAGCCGUUAACAGUUGCUGCACCUGCAAAGCGCGGGCGUAAACGUAAAACGGAGGACGCAGCGAGUAGCAGCAGUAACGUCAAAUCAAGUACAAUAGAUAUUGCUUUGGAUGCUGUCAAAAAUGAGCCAGUAACCUGGCGGAAAAAACUGCGCUUGCAGCAGCAGUCGCUGCCAGCAAACAAAACUGAAAUCAAGGAGGAGCCUGCAGAGGUGAACAAAUAUUUUUUAUCCGCCAAGAAAACUCGUAAGGCCAGUUGCAGUGUGUGCAGCAAACGUUUCGAGAGCAAGGAGCUGGCCGAGAAACAUAAAACAGCAGCACAUUUACCUACAAUAUUGCGCUAUUAUUGCAGUGCCUGCAAUCAGAGCCAUCACAGUCUCAGCGAUAUUAAGGCCCACCAGCUGUGGCAUAAACUAUCCAAGACACCUUAUCAGUGUCCACUGUGCGAUGCAAGCAUUGCGAAUAACUAUGCCUACUCUCGUCAUCUGCGCGAGCAUACGAUACCCACCCCCAUCGAGCUGCUGGUGCUCGACCGAGAGUGUCCAUUGUGCAAGAAAACGUUUCUAACGAAUUUCUUUUACAAUACACAUCCUUGUGCUCGUCGCACACGCCAAUGUGGUGGGUGCAGUCGUCUGCUCAGCAGUGAAAUCGCCUAUAUGCGCCAUGCACCGCACUGUGCGAAGAUUUACUUGAAUCACUCCAAGCACAUAAUGCCCGAAGCAGCUGACCAUGAAGCGCAAAUGCGCAUUAAAAACGAAAACGAUUUGGAUGCCGAGGACAUUGCGCAAUCGUCAAGCGUAUACACCAAACAAGGGGAUAUGCAGCCGGUGGUUGUGCUCGAACGCUUGGGAUCACCGUUAUUGCGCGCAUCAUCUGUGGGCCGUAGCACUGAUCGGGUGUCAUCCAAAAACUAUUUGAAACGCGUCGAUCAGUUGCUUAAGAAUACAAUGAACACGCUUGUUAGCAUUAAACAUGAGCCGGAGGUGCACAUCGAUGACACUGGACCUCCGCUAGCCGCUGAAGAUUCUGACAGCGACCCAGAUGAUGAGCCGCCUGCCUGUGAUGAUUUCCAUGCAGAUGCUGGCUACGAUGACAGCGAAGAGGAUGCGGCCAAUGACAGUGGUAAUGCAGCAGCUGUUCCAGCAGCUAUUGCGCCAGCUGAGUCUGUGAAGCAGGAAGUCUUUGAUGAAUCCUACGACAAACAGCUGAUGCCCAGCAGCGAUGGCGUGCAAAUCAAACAAGAGCCCCUCAAGCUUAAGCUGAAAAUAACCAAAAAUCAUGGGCAGCUCAAUUCAUCCCUCGUAGAUGACGACAACGAGCUGCAGGGUAAGAGCGCUAAAAAGAAAAAGAAACGAAAGCACAAGGAGCGUAAUAGGGAUUCGGAGGCAAGCGACAAAGCGACGGCGACGGCAACAGCCCCUGACGAAUCUCCAAUCGAGGGAACAGUAGAGACUGCAGGCAGUGCUUUUAUGACCAUUAAGCAGGAACGUUUGGAUGACAGCUUUGCUAGUGAUUUUGCGCCACGUGAGGAGUUCGAGCCACAAUCUACUGUCAUGACGAGUAUACCAAUGCUACAGCUUGAGCGCAACUACAGUGAGGAUAACCAAAAGUUACCCGAAGUGCAAGAAGAUGUUAAGCCGAAUCGAUUGGAGCUAGAUCGUAUAAUGCAAAUUACUCAUAUAGCCAGCGGUGUGGUCAUGGCAGAGGAGGCAAUGCCCCCAGAGAGCGCCGUGGAAGCAGUGCCCCAGGAAGGCCAUGUGGUGGAGAGACCAGCAAAUCCCAUAAAGAAGAGUGCAACAAAAUCCACAGCACGUAAAAGCACUGGGGGCGGCGUGCAACGGGAUAUUGCAUCUUCGUCCAAUUCUCUACCAACCUCAGUGGAGCAGUUGCCACAAAUUGUGGCAGUGGAAAGUGGCGCCUCGGUGCCCUUCAAUGCAGUUGCCAUAAAGCCUGAACCACUGAAUCGUGGCUAUGCGGAUGAGCAGGAUUCGGCCGGCCACGACGAAAGGGAAACGGAGCAACAUGAACCGGGCAAAUCCAAUGAGAUAAACCACAAUGAAAGAAUGGGCGAAGAGUCGGAAUAUAUAAAUAGUCUAGAUUUAAGUAAUGUGAUUAUUAAGCAGGAGAAGGACUUGCACAUCUCCGAUGUCAAUAUCAAUGGUAGCGAAGCUGAUAACACGCUUUACAAUGGCUUGCACGAGAGUGAGGAUAGUGCGGAAGAUGAAAACGUCGAGGGUGAUGAUGACGAUGGUAGCGCUUCAUCAGCGGAUGAAGCGGAUGAGAACAUGGACACGUACGAAGAUCGGGAGGAACGCAUUUAUCGUGAAAUAGAGCUGCAGCCAUUAGAGGAGCAGGACUUAGUUAAAAACCCGGCAUCAGAAACAAGAACCGAGUCUGAAGUAUUGCCAGCGGAUCCACAGACAGAAACAUCAAAAGAACUGCAGUCAGAGACGAUGCCAAUGGAGACGCCAAUUGACGUGGAGGCAGUGAAGCCACGAUCAGAAAUGCCGACAGUGGAGUCACAGGAAAUAGCGACCAGCGCAUCAGAGGAGCAAGGUGUUGAAGCGAAGCCAAGCGAAGCCCAAAUAUGUGAAAUACAGCCCCCGAGUAUGGAUGAACAGUCGGAAUGUGAUCGUGAUCAAGAAAGACAUCAAAACCUGUCGAAGUCGCAAGGAGAACCACAAGUGCCACACGAGGCCGAGUCGCAAUCGCAAACAGCUUUCAAUUUUGUCAUCACUAGCGUUUGCAGCCAGGCAGAGGAGCAGCCAUUGGCAGCCACGGACGAGGCGAUUGGAGAUAUCAACCCGGAAGCACCUCAGUUGGAUGCAGCUGAGAAGACCGUAACAAAUGAGGAGCACAACACAUCUCCAGUUGUGACGCUGAGCGCGCCUAAGGAUAGCGAGACACUGGCCCAGCCAGUCUUUGCAAGCUCGUCAAACUACAAUUGCGCUGAGGAGCAACAGAAUGUACUGAACCAUGAGCUGUCCGCUGCUGUCCAAGAGACGCAGGUGUCAGAGCAAGAGACAGAGCUGGAGCCGGACCCAGACCCGGAACCAGAACUCUCGACUACAACAGUUUGCAUUGGGGCGCUCGCUGAAGACGUUCGCAGCGCCAGCGAAGAGACUGAGAACCGCAUCAAUGAGCAGCAGCAACAGCAGCUGGAGCAGGUGCAGCAGCAAGUGCAACAGCAGCAGCAACAGCCGCGUUUGGCAGUCGAUGAUGAUUCGAACAUCAAUGAAAUAGCUGAAAAUAAUAAUAAUGCCAACAUUGAACGGGAGCUCAACGACGAUGCAAAUGUGGCUCAGGAAAACCCUAUUGAAUAAGCUAAUUCCUAAUUCCUAACUAAUUUUAAGCAUACAGUUACGUUCACUUACAUAGACGCCAUAGACUCACCUUGUAUAUAUAUAAUAGAAGUAUUUCAUACAGAAUCCUUAACUUAGUUGCAUAAUACUCGUAUAUAUAAUAUAUACGUUACCAAAAUUCGAAUAAUACAAUGCAUGUAAAGUGAAAAUUAGUU